AUGUCAUCUAUGUGGAGUUUAAGAUGGUUGUGGGUAUAUUUUUUAAUUGGUCAAUUUGCUAUAUCAAAUGUGAGAACGGCUUGGCCUGCAUCUAAUUCCUCCAGUAUACAAUUAUUGGGCAUUUUUGGCAAUGGAUUGAAUAUGAAUGAUUUCACUCCAGGAACUCUUUGGUCUCGUGCAAUGUUCAACGCAGCGAUAUUGCUUUCUCAGCAAUAUAAUAUAACAAUUGAUGGACAAUUUAUUGGUUCACAGCUAGUAGCAAGUGGUGGCAUAACAAUGAAUGCUCUUAGCAGCUCAUGUCUACUAAUAUCAACUUCAAACAUUGUUGGUAUUGUGGGACCAACAUUCUCUCGAGAAACUCAGGUUAUUGCACCUUUUGCUGCACAACUUUCCAUUCCUGUAGUAUCCUACUCUGCAACAGAUCCUGGUCUGUCUGAUCGAGGAGCUUAUCCUACUUUUUAUCGUACAGUUCCAUCAGAUACUACAGCUGCAUUAACAAUUGCUCAACUUUUUAUGAAAUUUAAUUGGACAUCAUCUAUAAUUAUCUAUCAGAAUGAUGCAUAUGGAUCUGAUGGAGCAAAAGUAAUAACUAAUGCAUUCAAUAAUAAUAAUUUGACAAUUACACAAAUGAUAAUGUUUGAUACUGUGACACAUACUAUUCGAGGUGAUCUUAAAAGUCUCUUACUUAGUAGUCCAAUUCGAAAUGUUAUAUUAUGGGCCGAGACAGAUUAUACAUCUUUAAUUUUAAAACAGGCAAUAGAUUGUGAUGUACUUGGACCACAGUUUACAUGGAUAUUAGGUUCAACUGUUCAAUUAAAGUCGUUUAGUCAAGCAGAUAAUACAAAGUUAAUUGGAAUAUUGACUAUAGAGCCCGUAGUUGCAAGUGCUGUUAAUGAACCAACAAAUACAACAUUAUUAAAUGCAGCAUAUGAUAUAUGGCAACAAUAUGAACCUGAAACAUUUCCUGGAGCAGAAAAUGUGAAUGCCUAUGCAUUAUUUACAUUUGAUGCAACUUGGUUAUUGAUCCGAUCAUUAGAACAACUUUGUUCAAUCACGAAUAAUCAUUCUUCUCCAUGUCUAUCAAUUGUCAAUGAUUCAUUUUGUUUUAAUCGACGUGUACUUGAUUCCAGUUCACUGUUUGAUAUGAUUAACAAUAAUACAUUUCUUGGUGUAUCUGGACUUGUACAAUUUAGUACUAAUUCAACAGAUCGAGUUAGUGGUAUUUAUUAUAUUGUAAAAAAUAUUCAGAGCUUAUCAAAUGAGUUAAAUUAUGUUCCAGUAUUAGUAUCGUCUAGUUCAGAUGCUUGGACACCACAUUCACAACAUAAUACGAUUAUAUGGCCUGGGCAGUCAUUAGUAGCUCCCACAGGUUAUGCAACAAUUGCAGGUGUAACCUUACGAAUUGCUGUAAUUGAAGCGCCUCCGUUUACAAUGACCCAACAAGUAGCAGAUAUAAAUGGAAUAAUAACAACAAAACUAAUUGGAUAUAUACCUGAUCUUCUUGCUAUUUUACAAACAAAUAUGGGAUUCAUUCCAAACAUUACUUUGUUACCAUCAACUCAAAGCUACAAUGGACUCAUAGACGAUGUAGCAAAUAAUGUUUAUGAUAUAGUAGCAGGUGAUGUAACAAUUCUUGCUGCACGAAGAGAACAAGUUUCUUUCACUGAUUCAAUCUAUGACAAUUCAUUACGAAUCAUUGUUCGAAAUACAGCCUCAGCUAGUUCAGAUUUCUGGUUUUAUUUAAGGCCAUUUUCAUGGCAAGUUCGCUUAUGUAUCCUGGGUUCUAUUAUCUUGUCUGCUAUAUUAACGUAUUUAUUCGAAAGAAAUGCCAAUGACAUAUUGAGGCAUAAAUCAAUCCCUUCUAAAAUUGUAAUGAGUAUAUGGUAUCCUCUUGGAACAAUGAUGGGAUUUGGUGUGGAUUAUUCUGUGAGAACAGGUGCUGGUCGAUUCUUAACUUUUAGUGUAUUCUUUUUAAGUCUUGUCUUAAUAUCAACAUAUCAGGCAACUUUAACAUCUAAUUUAACUCUUAGACAGACGCAAAACAUUAUUUCGGGAAUAGAUGAUAUUAAAAAUGGAAAAAUACCAUAUGGUCGCAUUGGUAUCGUUACUAAUUCGGCCAUUGAAGCUUAUUAUUUGCAGGAAAUCUCUAAUGGUAUUCGAAAUUUUUAUCCAUUAAGAACAGAAGGAGCAAUAUUUACUAGUCUCUUGUCUAAAGUGAUUGAUGCAGCCAUUAUGGAUGAAGGUGUUUUAGAAUAUGAAACGAGUAGUAAUUAUUGUAACUUAACUUUAGUUGGCACAGGUUUUGAUCCCAGUGCAUUUGGUAUUGUUUUCCAGAAAAAUUGGGUAUAUGAACAAGUUUUAGAUGUGAAUAUAUUAUCAUUAAGAGAAUCAGGAACAAUUGAUAAUUUGAAAAGCAAAUGGUUUCAAUCAAAUACUUGUUCUCAGUCAUCAGACACAUCUACUGGCUCGUCCAUUGAAGUAAUGGGUGGUUUAUUUGUGACAUUUUUAGUUAUGUGUGGUCUAUCGCUAAUAUUCUUCAUAUUGGUAAACCGGUCUCAUAUAAUAAGUCGUUUGUGGCAAAUAAUCAACAAAGUUCGUUAUCGAGUACGCCAAACGACCAGAACAUCUUCUGAUAUUCCACUCGAUGGACCACGUCCUUUCAUUAUUGUAGAAGUAUGA